UAUCUCUCUAUAAAGUUGUUGUUGCGGCUUCCGCCGCGGGUGGAGGAAGAUGGCGUCGGGUGGUGGUGGCUGUAGCGCUUCGGAAAGACUCCCUCCGCCGUUCCCCGGCCUGGAGCCGGAGUCCGAGGGGGCGGUCGGGGGGUCAGAACCAGAGGCCGGGGACAGCGACACCGAGGGGGAGGAUAUUUUCACCGGCGCCGGGGCGGCUAGUAAGCCCCAGUCUCCAAAGAGGAUUGCUUCCCUUCUUCCUAUCAACAGUGGCUCCAAAGAAAAUGGGAUCCAUGAGGAACAGGACCAAGAGCCACAGGAUCUCUUUGCAGAUGCCACAGUGGAGCUAUCCCUGGACAGCACACAAAAUAAUCAGAAGAAGGUGCCAGCCAAAACACUCAUUUCUCUUCCUCCACAGGAGGCCACAAAUUCUUCUAAGCCCCAGCCAAGCUAUGAGGAGCUAGAGGAAGAAGAACAGGAAGACCAAUUUGACUUGACAGUUGGUAUAACUGAUCCUGAGAAAAUAGGGGAUGGUAUGAAUGCCUAUGUGGCCUACAAAGUUACCACACAGACGAGCUUACCAAUGUUCAGAAGUAAACAGUUUGCAGUGAAAAGAAGAUUUAGUGACUUUCUGGGUCUUUAUGAGAAGCUUUCAGAGAAACACUCCCAGAAUGGCUUUAUUGUCCCUCCUCCACCUGAGAAGAGCCUAAUAGGAAUGACAAAAGUAAAAGUUGGGAAGGAAGAUUCUUCUUCUGCAGAAUUUCUUGAAAAACGGAGGGCUGCUCUAGAAAGGUACCUUCAGAGGAUUGUGAAUCAUCCUACCAUGUUACAGGACCCUGAUGUCAGGGAGUUCCUGGAAAAAGAAGAGCUGCCACGCGCCGUGGGUACCCAGACAUUGAGUGGCGCUGGUCUCCUCAAGAUGUUCAACAAAGCCACAGAUGCAGUUAGCAAAAUGACCAUCAAGAUGAAUGAAUCAGACAUUUGGUUUGAGGAGAAGCUCCAGGAGGUAGAGUGUGAAGAGCAGCGCUUACGGAAACUGCAUGCCGUUGUAGAAACUCUAGUCAACCACAGGAAAGAGCUAGCGCUGAACACAGCCCAGUUUGCAAAGAGUCUCGCCAUGCUCGGGAGCUCAGAGGACAACACAGCAUUGUCACGGGCACUCUCCCAGCUGGCUGAGGUGGAAGAAAAGAUCGAGCAGCUCCACCAGGAACAGGCCAACAAUGACUUCUUCCUCCUUGCUGAGCUCCUGAGUGACUAUAUUCGCCUCCUGGCCAUAGUCCGCGCUGCCUUCGACCAGCGCAUGAAGACGUGGCAGCGCUGGCAGGACGCUCAAGCCACACUGCAGAAGAAGCGGGAGGCUGAGGCUCGGCUGCUAUGGGCCAACAAGCCUGACAAGCUGCAGCAGGCCAAGGACGAGAUCCUAGAGUGGGAGUCUCGGGUGACUCAGUAUGAAAGGGACUUUGAAAGAAUUUCAGCUGUGGUCCGAAAAGAAGUGAUACGGUUUGAGACUCCUGUCUCCUUUAGAAAGAGAAAUCCAAGGACUUCAAAAACCACGUGAUCAAGUACCUUGAGACACUCCUGUAUUCACAGCAGCAGCUGGCAAAGUACUGGGAAGCCUUCCUUCCUGAGGCAAAGGCCAUCUCCUAAUGGACCAGGGACACCAGAGCCCAGCUGCCUGACGCUGCCUUUUUAUACACUGUCCUCCUCCACCUCUGCUGGACCCCAGUGUUGCAUCCUGCCUAGCCUGGACUUCACCCCUUCCUCCCUACCCCCACGACCAAGCUGCCCCAGUGACUCUAACCGUUCCUUCAUUUAGCUUCCAUAUGUAUUUUCUUACCUGAGAGAAUAGUUUCUUGCUUUAAGCAAAAAACCUAUACUAGGUGGUGGAAUUAUGGGAUAGGGGUGGAGUAUUGAUAUAAAUAUAUAAAUACAAAUGUAUAUUUUUCAGGAUGUGGUUAGGAACUGGGAAUAACGUUUUCUGUUACUCCUGAUGGUGCCAUGAAAAGAUUAUGUAAUAAAAUACUUUAAAAUCGGG